GAAGACUACACAUGUGGUCCCGGAACAUCUGGAAACUGCGGCUAUGGGGCUACCUACUGUGGCAAAGGCUGCACCAGUAACUGCAAUGCCGUUGCUGAGUGCGGCUGCCAGUCAAACUGCAAUCAGAAGCCUUCGCCUCCGGGAGGGUCAACGAAAGGAAAGGCAUUAUCAAAAGUUAUUGGAUACUACGAGGCUUGGAAUGCUCGGUCUGCCUGCCACAAGACAUCACCACGCGACCUACCACUCGACUCCCUGACGCAUCUCAAUUACGCUUUUGCUUUCCUAGACCCGACAUCUUUCCAGAUAACAACUAUGGACGCCGCGACUCCUAUUUCUCUUUUUGAUGACAUCUCGGAUCUCAAGACCACCAACCCAGACUUGAAGAUAUUUGUCAGUAUCGGUGGUUGGACAUUUUCGGAUAAUAACACCUAUACGCAGCCAAUCUUUGGAAACAUAGCCCGCAGUUCAUCCAACCGCCAGCUCUUUGCCAACGAGCUUGUCGCUUUUCUGACCUACUACGGUUUUGAUGGAGUUGAUUUAGACUGGGAAUAUCCUGGGGCUCCUGAUCGAGGUGGCAAGAAGGAGGAUACGAAGAACUAUGUCGAGCUCGUCAAGACACUCCGAGCCACUUUUGACAAGACUGGGCAUAGCUUGGGCAUUACCUUCACGGCGCCGUCUUCUUACUGGUAUCUAAAAUGGUUCGAUCUGCCGGGAAUGUUAAGGUAUUGCGACUGGGUCAAUUUGAUGUCCUACGAUCUCCACGGAACAUGGGACAGCACAAAUCCGAUUGGCGCCAUUGUCCAAGGCCAUACCAACUUGACAGAGAUCAAGUUGGCUGCAGAGUUGUUCUGGCGUGUGAAGAUUCCAGCUCAUAAAAUUGCCUUGGGGUUCGGCUUCUACGGUCGGGCUUUCACACUUGCUAAUCCCAGUUGUACAACACCAGGGUGCCCUUUCUCAGGAGGCGCAAAACCAGGUGUGUGCACUAAGACAAGCGGAUACCUUGCGUAUUAUGAGGUGCAAGACAUCUUGAAGAAGAACCCCAACAUCAAAAUCAUCCAUGACAAAGAAGCAGCCGUCAAAUUCUUCACUUUUAACACCAAUCAGUGGAUUUCAUUUGAUGAUAGGGAUACUUUUAAACAAAAGAUCGAAUGGGCAAACGAUGCUGGCUUCGGGGGCUCCUUAAUCUGGGCGUCCGAUCUCGACGACUUUGAAUUUACAGCGCAUGCGGCUCUCAUGGGCAAAGACAAAUUGACCAUUAACUCACCACAAAGCAAGACGUUGUUCCAAAACAGCCUAUUGACGAAAGAUGAUCUGAACUCGUAUCUCCGUAAAGACUGUUAUGUCCAAGAGGACUCUCUCACUGCUUGUAAGUCAGGUGAUGAUCAGGUUGGUUAUGAUAAAGCUGGCAAGGCAAAUUACAAGCCAAUCUGCUGCCCUAAGGGUAGCGGAAUGACCAAAUGCCAAUGGAGAGGUGGCACCGGCGGCACAAAUGCUGGACGUGACUGCAAUGGACAAUGCCACGCGGGAGAGGUCAAAAUCACAAUGUCUGACUAUGGUGGUUCACCAGGAGAAUCCUCUGAGAAGGCUCACUGCACCAGAGGCAAGAAGGCAUUUUGUUGUGAAAUGGGUAUAUUCAAUGACGCCAUCGGCCAGUGCAAUUGGUCUAAUGGAGUAGGAAGCUCGUGCAAGAGUGACCAGCAAAAGAUCGCAUAUAUGUGGGACAAGACUGGCUGGGGCACAGUCUUCAAGCACGGCAAUGAGUUCUGUUGUCCCAAGGAUGAUCCACCGCCACUGUUGGACUGCCGCUGGGUUGGUAAGGGUGAUUGUGCGGACAACACGUGUAGCGGAUCAGAGGUCACUCUCUUGACAGAUGGCCGGGGAGACUCGAAACACGGCUGCUCCUGGGGGCGAAAGCGAGCUCUCUGUUGCACGCCAAACACACAAACGCUGCAAACCGCCGUCUGCGAUUAUGAUUUGUGCAGUUUGAUCGAGAACAGGGCUGCAUGUGACGACGAAGCUGGCUAUGAUGAUGAAGAGGGCUAUACAACCUUGCUUAAACGUUCUUCAUACGUCACUGGCGACGGUCAGAUGCUCUGGAACUAUAAGGAUGGAGGCAUGGUAGAAGAGAACGAGUAUCAUCUCGAGACCCGAGGUGCCAGGGCCAAGCCAGGGCAGCCACGACCCAAGGGCCUUUCGCUGUUUAAGCUGACAGGAGAAACUAUUUACAAAGGCUUGACCUUGGGUCUGAAAAGCCGUCCCUACUGGCCCGGAUUGAAGAGCCUUACAGGGGAUGGGAAGGACACUCUCUUUAUCCGCGGCGGCUACAGGCUGCUGAAAGACGCUUGCGGCUCGACAGCAAUGAGGUUCAUUCCAGCCGCAGAAUUACCAAAGACGGGAUUCCAGCUGGAGCACAUUCGUGAAGUCAGCAUGAUUGACAACUUUGUAAGAAGCUUGCUGUCCGGUCAGCUCUACUCUGGUGGCCCCAUGAAGAUCAAGCUCGAUCCUUUGGCGGUGUACAAAGGCUGGAACAAAGCAUACGAUGUUAGUCUUCCGAUAAUUGGCCAGGCCGUCCAUGACGCGGGCGACGACUACACCCUGCCGGUCACACCCAACGACCGCAUCUUCGAAACCAUUGGGUCGUAUGCCUAUCGCGAGGGCACGAGUUUCCUGCCUGGGACGCUCAACCUCCUCAAACGAACAUUAAUGGCACGCAACUCCCCGCUUGGCACUAUAAGAGAGUUCGAGAAGCUACUGAGUAAGGUGGCAAACAAUGGAGGCGAAGAAGAAAUGGAAAAAGUGCUCAUAGCAAUGCAGGGAACUGUUGGGGUUUUCAACUACCUUAAUGACGCUGUCCUGCACCGGGCUUUCACAGCGGCUGGCAAGACCCUGGCCACCGAGAUGAAGUAUGCAGACGAGUUCAUCCCGGAGCUCAAGGGCAUCUUGGCGGCCUGGAAGGAGUGGGAGCCUGACUACUAUGAUCAUGUGGUAUCCCUAGCGACAAACUGGCUCCUCACCCGAGGAGGAUUGAUUAACCAAAAGUUUGCCGGCAGCGUAGAAAACAACCCGGCUGCAUUGAAGCUUGUCACUUCCGCGGCACAGAUAGUCUCGCAGGUGGGCCGGAUCAAG